AGAUCAGCAGAGGAAAGCAGCAAUAGCAAGGACCAGCAGGCUUUGCCAUGCUCACUCAGAGGAAUGGGGCGUGUACCGGCUGCGUUCUGCCCGGGAAGGACGGCUCAGAUCAGAUGGAUGUGGCAGGGUGUACCUGUGCCUGGGAUUGUCUGACAGGGGUGGACGGCUGUUUAUCGGACACUUCCUGCCUUUGGUUCCAGCUCCUGGCCAGGGCAUACUGGGGGGACGUGGAACUGGGGCUCCGGGAGGCUCAGAAAGAUGUCUCUUGGCGCAGAUUGAAGAAGACGACUCCAAGGAACUGCAUGCGGGCUUGGGCCAAACAGAAGGAUGGUUGUGAACGCAGCGAGACAUCAGCUUUGUCUCCGGCUGCUGAAGAGGAGCCCUUCUCAUGGCCAGGGCCUAAAACAUUGCACUUACGCCGCACCUCUCAUGGCUUUGGUUUCACACUCCGUCACUUCAUCGUGUACCCGCCGGAGUCAGCCGUGCAGUCUUCUCUCAAGGAUGAAGACAAUAGCAGCAGAGGGAGACAGCGGAACAGACUGGAGCCAAUGGACACCAUCUUUGUCAAGCAGGUGAAAGAGGACGGCCCCGCACAUGGAGCUGGACUCUGCACAGGGGAUCGCAUUGUAAAAGUCAACGGAGAAAGCAUCAUCGGGAAGACGUAUUCCCAAGUAAUCGCCCUUAUCCAGAACAGUGACACAUCUCUGGAGCUCUGCGUAAUGCCAAAAGAUGAAGACAUUUUACAGCUGUUCUCCAGGGAUAUCACAGCUCUGGCCUAUUCUCAAGAUGCGUACCUCAAAGGAAAUGAGGCAUAUAGUGGAAAUGCCCAGAACAUCCCCGAACCGCCCCCAAUAUGUUACCCACGGAUAGAGCCCAAUGCCUUGGCCAUGGCACAGGUGUCAGAGCCAUCAUGCUCUGCCGAGGCAUCAUGUGGAACCAGACAAGGAGCAAAUCGAUGCCACAAGCCUGACAUAGGCUGCCGCUUUGAUAUACCUGUAUCUCCCCCUAUCCCAUCUCAAACCUCUCAGGUCCCCAAGACCCAAACUGUUGUGCGUGUAUUUAAUGAGAACGUUAGGACAAUGGUAGCGUCACCUGAAACUACAGAUCAAACUUCCCAUGUGGCCUGGGCUGGUCCCUGCCACAGGAUGGAGGAGAAUCAGAAUGCCGCUUCAACAGACCCAAGCUUUAACAGGUCCAGAGCUCAUGUCACUUCAUCUCCAACUGGGGCAGCAGCACAAUCUCCGCACAAACCCAACAGAAUUGCAGAGCCCACUGGGUUCUCUGACAAAACUGCACAGACUUGCAUAGACAUGAAGCCUGUAUCUUCCCACAGACAUACCUUAACCACAACAGCAGAAACCUUCCCAUCAGCCACCUCUCCCACCCCUUACACACCAUCUCCUCCACCAGCCACCCCUUCCCCCUGCUCUCCCCAUCAGAAUAUUGACUGGAGGAACUACACCACCUACAAGGAGUACAUUGACAACAAACGGCUCUACAUGUAUGGCUCCCGGACUAUUGAGGAACGCCUGGACAGUCUGCGAGCUGCAUCCCCAUCCAGUACAGGCGAAUACAGCAAGCCGAAGAGCAUGUCGACAACAGCUACGCCGUCACGGGGCUUUUCUGGAUCACAGCUGAGGCGGAGGAGCGCCUCACAUGAUCGGAGUUAUCAGGUAUCUACUGUGCUGCCUUUGCGUAGCGCUUCUCAUGAGAGGCUUGGUGGUUCAGAACAGACUGCUCUUGCACGGAAUUGGCCCCGCAGUGCUUCCCAGGAUGCCCUCCCGUCGGCCCCCACAGGUAUGCUGAAACCGCGAGCAUAUUCUUGUGACUAUCUGGGCAGACAGAAUGAAAAUGCAACAUCCAUGUUGGACAGGCAGGCAUGCUGCAGAACUGAGACAGAGGAUUGGUUACUCAUGCACAGAGGGGAUGAGGCAAGAGCAAGCAGGCAGUCUUCUUCCUUACGCAUGGCGCCUCACAGAACACAGGGUGUAUUUAGCCCAGACAGACGAGGGGGCAGUUACCCAGGGUUGCCUAUCACCCCUCUCUUCAGCAGAGGUACGGAUUCAUUGCUUACCUCCAGAGCUGAAAGCCUGGGUAACACCUCUGCACCUUCCGUAAACAGACCCUCACUGCUACCUGAGAAAAAUUAUGGCUCAGACCCUUCCACUGCUGCUGCUUCAUAUAUAGCUUCUGCCCUGGCCUCAAUACAAGGCCACAUCACUGGUAGUUCCAACACAGGCCCCAUCAAAGACCAAAGAACACAGCUCACUGCCAACCACAUGCCCCACAAUGCAAAGCAGUUACAGCCUAGGGGGCGGGCUGACAGCCUUCAGGAGCCUGUCAGAGAGGUAGCCCGUGGACAUCGCUCUUCUUCUUGUUCUGCCGUCACUAAACCCAACAGAACAAAGCCAGGUGGAUCCAAGCCUGACCAGUUACUGACCAGUAAUGGAACAGUUCCUCAGCAGCCUAGGUACAUAGAACCACAAACUCCCAAUGAGAAGGUGGUGGAAGGCAUCGAGGGUCCAAAUGCCACUGUAGUAGUGGUUCGGAGGCAGAAGUCUGGAUCUCAACCUAUCCGCCACACUUCCUACAUUCUGGCGGUGAAUGAGACAGAGGGAGUGGCUGAACCACCUGCAGUCUCCAACACAUGCUGGCUGCCUAACAAUACCCCACGCAAAAUGCACAUGAGGAAACUAGGAGACCAGUGUAAAACCUCCUUUUCAAGCAACCUUGAUGACUCACUGGACUCCAUUCCCUUCAUUGAUGAGCCGUCAAGCUCCAGUAAUGACCAUGACACAACACACAUUCCUGCAUCUGCCGUGAUUUCCAGCAUGCCUAUCAUCACCACCAUCCCACCCAGUCCAACUUCCCCUUCUCCCGUAAUACGCCGACAGCUGUCCCAUGACCAGGAUUCUUUACGACUCACAAUUCUGGAAUCUGAUUCUGGAGCUAAAACCGAGCGCUCCAGAUCCUUCGAUGAGGGCUUGGAUAAUUACAGAGAAGGAAGAGGGCGGUCGAUUAAACACACCCAUGGAUUCAGGGGCCUUAGAAAGGCUGUUGACAGGUCCUCUGAGGACUCUGACUCUAGGAGAGACUCUACUUCAGAUGUCUUCACUGAUGCCACAAAGGAGGGUCCGCUUCAUUUCCGGCAGCUGAACUCAGAUAAGGGCAAGCGUGUUGGCAGCGGCAUACGGUCAUGGAAGCAGAUCUACGCUGUGCUUCGUGGCCACUGCCUCUACCUGUACAAAGACAAGAGGGACGGACAAAUCAACGCCAGCUCCCAGAUCGAAGACGAGCCUCUGCCGAUCAGCAUCAAAGCCUGUCUCAUUGACAUCUCCUACAGUGACACCAAACGGAAGAACGUCCUCCGGCUGACGACGUCAGACUGUGAAUACCUGUUCCAGGCGGAGGAUCGAGAGGAAAUGCUGUCCUGGAUCCGAGUCAUUCAAGAGAACAGCAACUUGGAUGAAGAGAAUGCGACUGUUACUAGCACAGACCUCAUCAACCGGAAAAUAAAGGAGUACAACACUCUGAUGAGUCCACCCAGCAGUAAGACAGAACCCUCGCCCAAGGCCUCCCGUCAGUCCAUCAGGCAGACAUUACUGGGUGGUAAGGGCGAGAAUAAAGCCACAAGUCCUCACUCACCAAACAAGGACCACGACAGGAAAGCCAUGCACAAAGAUGAAACCAGCCCACCCAAGGAUAAGGGCACAUGGAGGAAGGGCAUCCCUGGACUGAUGAGAAAGCCAUUUGAGAGGAAACCGUCUCCAGGAGUCACAUUUGGAGUAAGACUAGAUGACUGUCCUCCUGCUCAGAACAACAGAUUUGUUCCUCUGAUAGUUGAAGUGUGCUGUAACCUGGUGGAAGAACGAGGACUGGAAUACACAGGCAUUUACAGAGUGCCAGGAAAUAAUUCUGCCAUCUCCAUCAUGCAGGAAGAGCUCAAUCACAAGGGCAUGGGUGACAUUGAUAUUCAGGAUGAUAAAUGGAAGGACUUGAAUGUGAUCAGCAGUUUACUCAAAUCCUUCUUCAGGAAACUUCCUGAACCCCUCUUCACUAACGAUAGGUAUGCAGACUUUAUUGAUGCCAACAGAAUAGAGGAUCCUGUAGAGAGACUCAAAGUGCUCAAGAGACUGCUUCACGAGUUGCCUGAUCAUCAUUAUGAAACACUGAAGUUCCUCUCGGCACAUCUCAAAACUGUGGCUGAUAAUUCCGAAAAAAACAAGAUGGAGCCACGUAAUCUGGCCAUUGUGUUCGGCCCAACACUAGUGAGAACAUCUGAAGACAAUAUGACUCACAUGGUGACACACAUGCCAGACCAAUACAAGAUUGUAGAAACGCUCAUUCAGCAUUACGACUGGUUCUUCACCGAGGAGGGUGAUAAGGAGCCUACGACUACAGUCCAGGAGGAGAGUGCUGUGGAGUCUCAGCCUGUGCCUAACAUCGACCACCUGCUGACCAACAUCGGCCGGACAGGCACCUCUCCCGGGGAAGUGUCAGAUUCACCAACCAGUGACUCUGCUAAAUCUAAGGGCUCCUGGGGAUCAGGGAAGGACCACUGCAGCCGCGAGUUCCUUCAGCCACGAGUCUCCUCCAUCUUUGCUGCGGCCAACCGCAAACGAAAGAAGCACAAGGAGAAGCUGCAACCCAGCAGCUCUGACGACGACCUUGAUAUUGUCUUCACCAAGAAGGAUAACCCAACUCAAAAGCAGAAUCACCAAAGCCAGGAGGAGGAUGGAGGCAGGUCCAGCCCAUGCGGAAAAUCACUUGUAGGAGACAACAGCAUAAAUGCAGAGUCCACCCCAAAGAACAAGAAGGAGCAGAGGAACUCUUUCUUUAUGAAAGACAAACCCUCUUCAACUCUCUCCCUCUUGCCCCAGCUCUCAUGUUCACCCGGUGUCAUCCGCCGCACCUCUGGUCCUCCCAAAUCAUCCGUCUCGGAUCGUUCUUCACAGUUAGAUGAGACCACCUCAGACUUGGGCACUAUGAGCUCUGGACCCUCCGGUCCCAGAACCAGACCUCGGAAAUGGGGCACAACAACACCCCCGGCCCCUGAGCUAUUACUAGCUUAUGGGGGGGCUUCAGUGACUGCAGAGGUGAGCUCUAUUACCUCAGACUACUCAACCACUUCCUCAACCACCUUCCUGACGGGAAUAGAAUCCAUCACAUUGAGCCCAGAGGUGCAGUCCGUGACUGAAAGCCGGGGAGGAGACGAGGCAGAUGACGAGCGCAGUGAGCUCAUCAGUGAGGGACGACCAAUGGAAACGGACAGCGAGAGUGACUUCCCAAUGUUUACCCCUGGCAUCGCCAGACUAGACAUACCAACCACGGAAGAUAGUGGAAACAACACACCCAAACUAGCUUGCCGCUUGCUGCCCUCCCAUAAACUGAUAGAAUGUGACUCUCUGUCUAGGAGGCGAUCCCUGCGACAAAAGACGGACAGCGAUUCAUCUGUGGAGGCAGGAGCUGGUGGCGGGGUCAGCAAGAAUGAAUCAAAUAGACUGUCUCGAGUUCUGGAAGUGAUGAAGAGAGGCCGUUCCACCAGCAGCCUGAGUGCCCCAUUGCGAACUGAAUCGGACAGAGUUGAGCCAGCAUGGCAUCUUAAAAUCACAGAGAGACUCAAGUUCCGUCUACGUGCCUCCGCUGAUGAUAUGUUCGGUGUUGGCACGCAGAAAGCUCGCUCUACAGAGACGCGUAGUAAGAAGAAGAGCAUCCGGCGACGCCAUACUUUGGGUGGCCAGCGGGAUUUUGCUGAACUAGAUGUCAUUCAUGACUGGAGGGAACAGGGUGGGGUGGACCAAGGUGCCGAACUGUCCACUGUGGAGCGCCUUAAACCCAAGUGCGACUCUCAGGACUUGUCUAUCCGGGACUGGAUUGCUUGUGAGCAUCGUCGAACCAGUCGAGAGCUGGAAGGUCAAGUUGGGAUAAGUACAGCAGAAGCGGGAGAUACCCAUGCAGGUGUGCAAAGUGCUGAGCAACUGGCUCCUUCUGCCUCUCCAUGUCCCCAAUCCAGCUCUGAACAAGUAAACGGAGGCACGUCAAAGGGCAAAUCCAAAAACAGCCUGAGUUCUGGAGCUGAUGCUCAUCCACAGAAAUUGUCAGGAGCCCAAGUGGUGCGCUCACGAUUCUACCAAUAUCUUUAAAAGAAAAGAAUCAUCUGCAUGUGUGUAAGUGUGUCAUAAUGUGUGUGUAAAGGCCUGUUCAAACCAAGAUGAAUGUUUGGUGUGAAAAUUGGGUGCGAUAAACAUUUUCAUCUGAAUAAACAGCAUCUGUUCAGACUGACACAAACUGUUAUUGCAUCUGUUCAGACCGAUGUGAACAUUUGCAUGCUGUCAGUGUGACAGAAUUCUUACACGGGGUUCUAAUCUCUUUUCUACUGCACUUCAAAG